AUGAGGCGGCCGUCAUUUAAUCCCGGUCGGACGAAGAAUCUCAUCCAUGGCCUCCAAGGCUUCCUGAUCUUCCUGGGAUGGGCUCUCACUAUUGCUGUAUUUACAAAAGGAGGUGGCAUCGAUGGGCGAACGGCCUAUUAUUUCGCUUUGUGUUGGUUUAGCAUCCCAGGUCUUAUUUAUCUAGUCGCUGUGCCCAUGUGGCCUCGCGCUCGACGGUUUGGAAACGUCUACGCCUUUGCGACCGUCGACUGUCUCUACGUCCUCCUAUGGUUUAUCGCCUGGGUCUGCAUUGCCAGCUAUGUGGCACAGGGCAAGAGCGAGGGCAAAGACGACAACAGCUCGGAUAAGGAUAACAACUCGGAUGAAAAGAAAAGUGGUUGCGAUAACUGGAAAUAUGGCAGCGCCAGUAAAUGCCAUGUUAGCACCGCCACGUGCAUCAUGGGAGUGGCUAUCUUCAUCCUCUUUCUCAUAACGGCAUGGAUGUCUUUCCGCAAUGUCAUGCACUUCCGCCGAACUGGCACUCUACCAGAUGCUGUCUCCGACCCCACUUUUGCAGCGCAGAGCAAGGCCGCGUUCUCUUCGAACCCUGCCCAAGACUUCGACGAAGAGGACGACUUCCGCUCGCGAGCCGGAAUGGGGUCAUCCGUCCGAGAUCGUGAUGAAGACUAUGCGCUGCUUCACCAAAGCGAGGUUGACGAUCUUGGAAACCCCGGCGGCCGCGGCGCCUACGACCCAACCACAUCCAGCGGGACAGUCCUGCAUGAUUACAACGCAAGUGAGUACAGCACUAGCUACGGCGGUGCACACGGUCAGCACUACGGCGCGCCUUCAGAGUACGGCUCUACUGUGAGCGGGUACGGCCACCGCUAA